CCGGCCCCGGCCGCCCCCCCCGGCCCCCCGCCCCGGCCCCCUCCCCCGGCGGGGGUGGGCAGCGCGAGGGCCCCGCCCCCGCCCCCUCCCCCGGGCCCGCGCAGGAUGCCCCCGGCCCCCGGCCGCCCUCCGGGAGGUCCAGAGCUCCGCGCGCCCCCUCUUCGCCAUGUCCCCCCCGGGCUCGGCCGCGGGAGAGAGCGCCGGCGGCGGCGGCGGCGGCGGCGGCCCCGGGGCCCCGGAGGAGCCCACGGCAGCGGCGGCGGACGAGGGCCCGGCGCGCGAGGAGCAGCGCCCCAUCCAGCCCUCUUUCACCAAGUCUCUCUGCCGUGAGUCCCACUGGAAGUGCCUCCUGCUUUCGCUGCUCAUGUACGGCUGCCUGGGGGCAGUGGCCUGGUGCCACGUCACCACGGUGACCCGCCUCACCUUCAGCAGCGCCUACCAGGGCAACAGCCUCAUGUACCACGACAGCCCCUGCUCCAACGGCUACGUCUACAUCCCCCUGGCCUUCCUGCUCAUGCUGUACGCCGUCUACCUGGUGGAGUGCUGGCACUGCCAAGCCCGCCAUGAGCUGCAGCACCGCGUGGACGUGAGCAGCGUGCGGGAGCGCGUGGGCCGCAUGCAGCAGGCCACGCCCUGCAUCUGGUGGAAGGCCAUCAGCUACCAUUACGUCCGACGCACCCGACAGGUCACCCGGUACCGCAACGGAGAUGCCUACACGACCACCCAGGUCUAUCACGAGCGCGUCAACACGCACGUGGCCGAGGCCGAGUUCGACUACGCGCGCUGCGGCGUCCGGGACGUGUCCAAGGCGCUGGUGGGGCUGGAGGGGGCGCCGGCCACGCGGCUGCGCUUCACCAAGUGCUUCAGCUUCGCCAGCGUGGAGGCGGAGAACGCCUACCUGUGCCAGCGCGCGCGCUUCUUCGCCGAGAACGAGGGCCUGGACGACUACAUGGAGGCGCGCGAGGGCAUGCACCUGAAGAACGUGGACUUCCGCGAGUUCAUGGUGGCCUUCCCGGACCCGGCGCGGCCGCCCUGGUACGCCUGCUCCUCGGCCUUCUGGGCGGCGGCGCUGCUGACGCUGUCGUGGCCGCUGCGCGUGCUGGCCGAGUACCGCACGGCCUACGCGCACUACCACGUGGAGAAGCUGUUCGGCCUGGAGGGCCCGGGCUCGGCGGCCAGCAGCGCGGGGGGCGGCGCGAGCCCCGGCGACGAGCCGCCGCCGCUCCCGCACCGCCUGCCGCGCGUCAACACGGUGGACAGCACGGAGCUCGAGUGGCACAUCCGCUCCAACCAGCAGCUGGUGCCCAGCUACUCGGAGGCGGUGCUCAUGGACCUGGCGGCGCUGGGCGCGCGCUGCGCGGGGGGCGGCGGCGGGGCGGGCGGCGGGGCGGGCGGCGGCGCGGGCUACGCGCCCUCGUGCCGCUACGGCGGGGUGGGCGGCCCGGGCGCGGCGGGCGUGGCCCCGUUCCGGCGCAGCUGCGAGCACUGCCAGCGCGCGGCCAGCAGCUCCUCCAUCUUCUCGCGCAGCGCGCUGAGCAUCUGCGCCAGCCCGCGGCCCGGCCCGGGGACGGGGGGCGGUGCGGGGGGCGGCGGCGCCGGGGGCUGCGCGGGCAGCCGCUUCUCGCUCGGCCGGCUCUACGGCUCCCGGCGCAGCUGCCUGUGGCGCAGCCGGAGCGGGAGCGUCAACGAGGCCAGCUGCCCCACCGAGCAGACGCGGCUCUCCAGCCAGGCCAGCAUGGGCGACGACGACGACGACGACGACGACGACGACGCCGGGCCGCCGCCGCCCUACCACGACGCCCUCUACUUCCCGGUCCUCAUCGUCCACCGGCAGGAGGGCUGCCUGGGCCACAGCCACCGGCCCCUGCACCGCCACGGCUCCUGCGUGGAGACCUCACUGUGACG